AUGCUCCUAAAAAGUUAAAGAAAAAUCUAUUGGAAAUGUAUAAAUGAUUAAAAGUUAAGAAGUUGGUGUUUUCAAAUUAAUAAUCCUAUUGUAGAAUUACAAUAUUUGAAUACCGCUUUUAAUAAAUACUUUAUUUUAAUGACAAGUUCUCAAUAAGUCAUAUUAACAGAAAACCAUCUAAACAUUACCUAAAAAUCUUAAACUUCAAUUAUUAACAUUAAUCACUUAGAUUAGAUCAUAACUUUUGAUACUGAAGCUGACCAACUUUUGAAGAACCAAAUGAAAUUUAAUACUUUUUUACUAUUGAAUUACUAAAAUAAUUAGAAGUUGAAUGAAUUUUUCACAUUUAAUUUAAUUAUAAAUUGGUCAAUAAUUAUGGUUUAGAAAUAUUGA